AUGAUUUUUCCAACGAUGCUGAGGUCCCCUGAUGGGCCCAAAUCUGAGCACUUUCACGAGAAUUUGAUCCGCUCGCUCGAGGCGCUCCACGGCUACAGCUUGGCACCUGCCAUCCUAUUCUUCGUGAUGACUGCAUUGCUGCUGGCACUGGUGAAAUAUGCUGGGAAGAUCAAGGGAAGGUCAGUGCCGUGGACGGUGCUGAUCCCAAUCUUCACGAUCCUGUUGGGCUAUUUGUCGGACCAGAAGAUGUUGGGAGGCAUCGUGCUGCCCACUUUGAAGGACAAGUACGGUACCUUGAAGCCCAGGGUGGUGGAAGCGCCCUCAACGCCCUUGGCAGAGUUCGCUGAGGGUCAGGUGAUUGAGCUUAUCCGCACCGCCUUCGGCAUUUCCUUCGUGGCAGUCCUCGAGACGUUGAUCUCGGCCAAGAUCGCUGAGCAGAGGAUGAACUAUCCCUUUGACAGCAGCCGGGAGACUCUGGGGCUCAUGGUUUGCCACGCUGUGUGCGGAGCGGUGGGGGCAUUGCCGCCCACGGGCGUGUUCGUGCGAACGUCCUUGAAUGUCCAACUUCGAGCGACGCAUCGGAUGUCUCAGAUGAUCAAUGCCAUUGCGGUCUUUUUGAUCUUCGUUGUGGCCAUGCCAGUGUUUUCCUACCUUCCACAGGCUGCAGUUGCAGCGUUGCUGGUGUUUGCUUCCAUCAAGAUGGCACCAGUUCACUAUAUCGCGAUGCUUUGGCGCAGUGACCGGAGGAGCUGUUUCCUUCUCAUCAUGACUACUUCCAUUUGUGUCUUCUUGGACCCAGUCUAUGGUUUGGUGGUGGGCAUGGUGGUCGCUCUUCUGAGGGAUGCGGCGGAGACCGCGCGCGCCGAGUCGAGGGUGACCUUGGACAAAGCCGCGGUGGAGGUGAGCAGUACCGGCACACCCCUCAGUGACCAUGGUGUGCUCUCCAAGUGGGCCACUGCUUCCUUUGAUCAUGGUGCAAACCUCGCCGUGAAACCCUCACCACUGGCGACUCUGAAUCACUUGGUCCAACACUUUGCUUGUGGCAAACCUCGAAAGCAGAUGGACAACGACCUCCACAAUCACGACUACGAGAGUGCGGUGCUCUACGAGCCCAUGGGUUCAAUGACCUUCUUAUGCGCGAGCAAGCAUUUGUCACGCUUGCAAGCACUGGCGAGGAAGAACCCGCCGUGCAUCAUCGUCUCCUUGGAGCAUGUCACCCGCAUCGAUAUCGAUGGCUCUCAGACCUUAGCGAAGGCAGCGCAGGAGAUCAAGGCCCAUGGCUGCGAAGUGGCGUUGGUGGUGCCUGACUUGCUUUUGAAUGGGCCCAUCUUGAAAAAGGCGGCAUGGGUCAGUGAGUUUAAAGGUGAUGGCCACCUAUACAGUUCGGUGGCAGAAGCAAAGGCGGAGUGCUCGAUUUAA